UUGCUGGAAAACCAAUAAUUGCAAAUUCUUUUAUGUCACGCUUACAAGUGGACCUUGUGGAAAUGUCUCCCGAUGGAGAAUAUAAAUAUAUUCUUCAUGCUCGUGACCACUUUACUAGGUAUUCAUGGGGAUAUCCCUUGAAAUCUAAAUCUUCAAUUGAGGUUGCAGCAAAUUUAUUUGACUUGUUUACAACUUUUGGAGCUCCAACAAUAUUACAAUCAGAUAAUGGAAAGGAGUUCAAUUCUCAAGUAAUAAAAAAGUUGGUGGAGAUGUGGCCAGGCACAAAAAUUAUUAACGGCAGACCACGCCAUCCACAAUCUCAGGGACUUGUAGAACGUGGAAAUAAGGAUUUAGAAAAUAAACUAUCAAAGUGGAUGAUAGAUAACCGCCGAGAUGAUUGGAGUUUUGCACUAAAAAUUAUAAUCCAUA